UGACCCGGACCGGACCGGACCGGACCGAGCGCACAGCACCGACCGCACCGCUCCGCUCCCGCCCCGGCCGGGAGCCCCUGGCCCACCAUGACCUUCAAGCAAGCGUCCAUGAUGGCCCCGGAGGCCACGGCCAGCACGCUGCCCAUGAGCACCAUGGAGAACUCCACGGAGGCUGCGGGGCCGGGCGAGAGCAAGGAGGACAUGUUCACCAAGCUGAGGGACAAGUUCAUGAAUGAGCUCAACAAGAUCCCCUUGCCACCCUGGGCCCUCAUCGCCAUCGCUGUUGUGGCCGGACUCCUCAUCCUCACCUGCUGCUUCUGCAUCUGCAAGAAGUGCUGCUGCAAGAAGAAGAAGAACAAGAAGGAGAAGGGCAAGGGCAUGAAGAAUGCCAUGAACAUGAAGGACAUGAAGUCAGGCAACCAGGACGACGAUGACGCAGAGACGGGUCUGACAGAGGGGGAAGGUGAGGAAGAGGAGAAGGAGCCAGAGAACCUGGGCAAGCUGCAGUUCUCACUGGACUAUGAUUUCCAGGCAAACCAGCUCACAGUGGGGAUCCUCCAAGCUGCUGAACUGCCAGCUUUGGACAUGGGUGGCACCUCAGACCCUUAUGUCAAGGUGUUCCUGCUCCCUGACAAGAAGAAAAAAUAUGAGACCAAAGUGCAGAAGAAGACCCUCAACCCUGCCUUCAAUGAGACCUUCACCUUCAAGGUGCCCUACCAGGAGCUGGGUGGGAAGACGCUGGUGAUGGCCAUCUACGACUUCGACCGCUUCUCCAAGCACGACAUCAUCGGGGAGGUGAAGGUGCCCAUGAACACAGUGGACCUGGGCCAGCCCAUCGAGGAGUGGCGGGACCUGCAGAGUGGAGAGAAGGAGGAGCCAGAGAAGCUGGGAGACAUCUGCAUCUCCCUGCGGUACGUGCCCACGGCCGGGAAGCUCACUGUCUGCAUCCUGGAAGCCAAGAACCUGAAGAAGAUGGAUGUUGGGGGCCUCUCAGAUCCCUACGUGAAGAUCCACCUGCUGCAGAAUGGCAAGAGGUUGAAGAAGAAGAAGACCACAGUCAAGAAGAAGACCCUGAACCCCUACUUCAAUGAGUCCUUCAGCUUUGAGAUCCCCUUUGAGCAGAUACAGAAAGUGCAAGUGGUCAUCACAGUGCUGGACUACGACAAGCUGGGGAAGAACGAGGCCAUCGGCAAGAUCUUCACGGGCCUGAACUCGACGGGCACGGAGCUGCGGCACUGGUCCGACAUGCUGGCCAACCCGCGGCGGCCCAUCGCGCAGUGGCACUCGCUCAAGCCCGAGGAGGAGGUGGAUGCGGCUCUCGGCAAGAACAAAUAGUCCGCGGACAGCUCACCCAGAGCUCUGAUACCUCAGUUCUGCACCCUUCCUUUUGGUUUUUGUUCUGUUCCAAGCUGAAAUGCCCUUCGAUGCCUCUGGAAGGGUAUCCAGGCAGUCCCAAUCGCUUCCAGGGGAAGAGGUUAAAGACAUGGAUGGUUCUUUUUGUUCUUCGGCAUCGCUCCCUUCUGCUGCAUGUCCCAUUGCCUCUGCUCGCCAUCCCUUCCCAGAGCAAAGCCAGCAGCACAGCUGGGACCUUCCCCAGCAGCUGUGUCACCAGCCUGCAGCAUUGCUGCCACCAUCCUGCCCUUGGGAUCACGUGGGGAACUGUGGAAUGUUGUGUGGAGGUGAUGCUGGAGCCUGAUGGUGUGAGAUGACCAGUCCCACUGUGCUUGGUUGGGGCAUGACCAGCAGUGAGACAGAAAAAUGGUGCAAAGAUCCUCUGAAGAGACCCAGGUGCCUCCCCCUGGCCCUCCCCAAGGAAGGCUGAGGGCCCCUGGCCAGCUCCAGGCUUGGGUUCUCUGAGGAGAGGCUUGCAGGGGCCAUGGAUCCUGCUGUGCUGGUGGGGUGCCAGCGGGAGCUGUGGAGGCCAGGCUGGGCACAGGGAGCCUCAGGAGGGCUGCUCCAAGGAGACACAGGGUGAAACGUGGAUGCACCAGCAGCACUGUGUGGAUCACCACCACCAGCAGCACCACAAGCUCUGUUUUGUCCCCAGAGGGGCAGCGCUGGGUGAUUUGCAUCUGUGUCCCACCAUGGCUGGUGAAUCCCAUAGAUCAAAAUGCUUCCAUGAGGCAGAUUUACAAUGAGAGGUCUCCAGAUGGGAUGGGGGCAGCUCCCCACAGCUGCACCAGGUGUCUCCCCAGGGACUGUCCAUCACAUGUCCCAUCAUUGCUGUGGGCACCCCAGCCUCAGGGCAGCCAGGGGGCCAUGGGGAGCUCCAGCCCCACCUGCUGUGGGUGGGGAUGGCAAGAGCAAGCCUGGGGCCGACCAGGGACCACAGCCCCCGACCCCCAUGAGCUACUGCUCCCCACCAGGCCAUUGGCUGUUAAAGCCACCCCAUCCUGCUCCCCUUGGGGGAAUAAGCCAUAUCCAUGACCCUGACAGUGGCUAAGAGCUUCUCUAGGCUACUUCUCGUACUGUCCCAGAAAAGGCCCCGAGCCAGAAAGCCAACACAGUUCUCUGCAGCUGGGAGAGGGUCCAGCAGCCCUGCCCAGUCUGUACUGGAGCACUGAUGUUAGCUCGUGUCCCUGUCCCAGCUCCAGCCCCACAGCAGCCUCAGACUCUGCUCCCUUUGGUGUCCCUGGGCUCAGUGCUGGGGGUUCCAGCCCUGCAGCAGUGAAGGAUUGAGCCCCAGGGAUGUGCUGGCACUGGGGACGCUGCUCUGGGGGUUCAACAGCUGGGCUGGGACCGAGGCCCAGGGACACAGUGCCAAAACUGAGCUCAUCCCAGAGCUGUUGGAUGCUUUAGCAGCUCCCACAGCUCUGACUUCCCAAAGGGCAUCCUGGCCCUCCCCAGAGGUGGGGAGAUGAUGGGACACUUGGUGGCAGUCACCAGGUUUGAAACUUGGCUCAAGGGGUUCAAAUGUACACAGGGACCAGCCCCCAUCCCUGGAGGGUUGUGCAGCUCUGGGACAGGUCCCCAGGGCAGGACAUCUCCAUCUGUGGCAGGUUUGGGGCUCGGGUGGCCGAGCUGCAGUGUGGGAAGGGGAUGUUGGGCAGGGACCUCCAAUGACCACCUCCACCACCACUGCAGCUGCACUUGGCCAUGCCCUGGUGAAGGGGGCACUGGGGCCACGCUGGGUCUGCAGGGGUCAUGCAGCCAGUGCUCUCUCAGGGCCAUCUCCAGCUUUAAUUAGUCCCUUUUCCUAAUGGAUGUGUCAGUGUCAACAGAUGGGGUCCUGUCCUGCCCCUGUAGCCAAAGGGAGAAGAGGUCUUGGGAUGCUUUUAAUAAUGGGGAGCUGGAAGGGGGCUGAUCCCCCAUGGUCAGGAGCACUGGUAAGACUCAGUCUCAUUUUGGGGUCCAUCCAGGCAUUGGGGGAGAGAGAGUGUGGGGGCAUUUGCCUUACAUGGAAUGGGUUAAAAGAGGAGUAAUUAGAAAAAGCACUGAAAUCCUUGUUUGCAGCCAGCGAAUGUGCAUGGCCCUGCAGCCUUCCCAGGGAAGCAGGUAGAGAUGUGUUCACCUGCACACCUGUACACCUGCACACCUGCACAUCACACCUGUACACCUGCACACCUGCACACCUGCACAUCUGCACAUCACACCUGCACACCCCAGGUGCACCCCCUCCUGUGCUCCCCCCUGCCCCCAGACCCACCGCAUCGGCCGGGCUCCGGGGAUCCGGGCCAGGAGUGCCGAUCCCACCUGGCUGCUUUCCAUUCAGACUCUCUAAGCCUUUGGGGAGGGGGAAGACUGUGACUUUAAUACAUGAUUUAAUUUUUUUUUUUAAAUAAAAAAGGGAAAACCAACCAACAUCCUGAAGCCAUCUGCGCUGCCUCUGACCCGCCCCUUAGCUGUGUGUAGGUAAAUUAUAUGGAGACAUAGCUGUAUAUACCACGAGCAGUGCAUGUGAUGCAGCCACGUAGCAGCAGCAGCAGCAGCAGCAGCAGCAGCAUGGCCCCAUCUCCGGCUCCCCCACGGAGGAGGCGACGACCAAACCCCAUCGCUCGAGAGCUCUCCACCGCCCUGAUUCUUUUCCCCCCAAUUAAAAUGAAAAUCCCCGAUUAAAUCAUAUAAAAGAAGAAAAUAAUGCCAAGAAGCAAAGCAUGCCAAGCCCGACCCGCCAGCGGAGAGUGAGCUAUCACCGCCGCGGCCGUGGCGUCCAUGUGUGUCGUGUUCCUGUGUCUUGUCGCGUUUGUCCCAUGGCCGGGUAGCAGCAACAUCGUGGCUUCGGUGUCCUGUGUCGCGUUGGUGCAUUUCACCGUCAGAGCAACUUUAGAAGCCAUAUUAGAGCACGGUGCAGCGGGACCCCGCGGGGCCAGCCCGCGCUGAGCCGUGACCCCCUUCCCCGUGUGUCCCCCGGCCCGCGGGGCUCGGGCUCGCUGCCCUGGGGUGCCGCUGUCACCCGGGCCAGGGACGGCACAACGCUGGGCACAGAUGUGGGGCUCGACCUGCCGGCGGUGAAAAGGCUUUUCGGAGCAAUUUGGGUUAUUUCUGCCAUGCCCAGCCGGCGGUUUCUGUUUUGGGGACGAGGGCUGGCACUUCCCUCUCCUGGCGGCCCCGCGGAGCAAACCCGGCCGUGCCACGGAGAUGCUCCCGGAGGUACCAAAGGAAAAUGAAUCCAUGAGUCUUAGAAACAGGCUCGGGCUCCUUUUCCUUUUUUUCUGCCGGUCUGGGAGGGAGGAGCCGGCUCCUCUGGAGUCGCAGGCUCGGCCACCCUUGGGGCGGCGGUGCCGGCCCCGCUCGGGCCGCGCCAGCCCCGCAGCGCUCGGCUCCGGCGGAAGCUGCUUUUAAUGCCCCUUCCCCUCGUGUGGACUCUGUCGUUCCGUCUCUGAUCGUUUGAUGGUUAUUUUGUAAUGAUUUACGUCUCCUUAUUAAAGAAACGAGCUGAAA